GUCUCCGUUCUAUACGUCGCCUUGUUGUACAUUCCUGCGAUCCAAGCAGCUCAAGGGCCUCACUGCGUUGCUACCUUAAUCACAACGAGCAUUGAACUCCGAGCAAAAUGUCGCUCUUCAAAACGUUCUCGCCAGCCAAAGGCGACAUCGCCUCCUCGACCGCAGUGAAGUCGUCUGUGCAGCGUGGCAUGCGGUCAAAGCUCUUGGAACAAUACCCUGACACGCUUGGGAAGGACGAGGGUGUGCUGCUGGAGCAGAUUUGGCCCAAAAAGGAAGGUAUUAUCCUCGUGAAAUUCAGCCGGGAGCACGUAUCAAUACUAGUGCACAACAAAGAACCAAUCUUCUUUCAGCACUUUGAUGGGCCAUAUUUUCCAACCAUGCAGCUGUUACAAAAAUACCCAUUCAUAAUGCCAAGCGUCCAGGUAGACCGCGGUGCCAUUCGCUUCGUACUCUCGGGUGCAAACAUCAUGUCACCAGGGUUGACAUCUGCAGGCGGGCGGUUACCGGAGGCCGACAAGGCCCUGCCGGCCAACGCGCCAGUGGCAAUCUUUGCGCAAGGAAAAGAGCACCCAGUGGCGGUUGGGCUGCUUAAGAUGAGCACCGAAGAUAUCAGACAAGCCGGGAAAGGGAUUGGUAUAGAUAACAUUCACCACAUCGGCGACGACCUGUGGGCUGCGUGUGCGGCAGGUGGACUGUAAUGCCUAAAUCCCGCGAUCGGUAAAGUGACAGGCUGCACCCAAAUCAAUAAAAGGUGAUCUAUCGGUGAUGCAAUAAAAGAUACAUUUCGCCAUGCCAUGGCUCAGCCUUGCACAUGCGCCUGCCCCACUUGCUCAUGUUGCUCCUUUCCCCACUCUGCGUACACCCUCCGAGCGCGCAGCUUGAGCGCUUCGAAGCUGUCUACUGCGGGCCGGACGUCCAGGUUAAAUGCAGCCUCAUCUUCGUCAGGGUCAGAUGGCGCUUCGUAGUAGUCGAUGACGUAUCGGAUUUG